AUGCCCCUCUGCAUGUGGGCAUUCAAGCUGACAUGCACCCAGCCUGGUUGUAAGAGACCACUGACAAAGGCUGGGCUUUACAAGACCAUCCGGAGGGUCUUGGACAUCGAUGGCUGGUACUUGAUGGCUACAGAGUACCUGAGCUGCCAGAGAUGUCAGAAGAAGGUAGCUGGCUGGUCGCACGAUGUGCUGAAUCGGCUGGAUCCGGCUCAUCGGAACCAGUUUCCAGCGAUUCUGACAUACAAGCUGACCUGCGACCUGCGGGUCAUGAGGCUGCUGCGGGAGCGCUCUUUGGGGAACAGCGCCACCCAGCUGUACCGGAAGCUGUGUGAGGGGCACAGCGAAGCCUGGAUGCGGCGGUCCAUGCAGUACCUCGGCGAGUGCGAGCACUUCCUGGCCAUGGGCUCCGAGCGGCAUGACUUCCCCCCACCCCCCUCCCAUGCCGCCCGUGCCCACACCCCUCUGGCUGCUGAGCGUCUAUUGCUACGACGUUCUGACGCGACUGGAGGAGGUGAAGGCCAGGGUCACCUCCACCUUCGGAUCCAUUCUCAAGUGACCAAGAAGCUCGCCGGUUUCGCUGCAGACACAGCGGCCUGGGCAACGAACGUCGGCAACGAAUUCGGGCAGGUCCUGAUAACGGUGCUGACAGCUGCCGAGGGCCAGGGCCUGCUGCCCAUGGCUGCUGGCCUAAUGCAGUCUUACCGAGACGCCGGGGUUGCACCCCCCCAGCUCAUCUACGUGGACCGGGACUGCUGCUCCUCAUUCGACUGGACGUGUGGCACCUCAUGCGCAGGCUCUCUGUAUAGCUGCGCGCGGGGUUCAACUUCUCUGGAGUCAUUCCACCUCCACCUCAACCGGUUCAUCCCAGGGGAUCGUGCAAACGCCAUGCACUUUCAGGCGUUCCUGCUGGACAGACUGGUGAGUUGGAACGAAGACCGCGCCGCAGCUGCAGUGGAGGGACCAGCACAGCCUCUGCUCUCCUACAGUGGCCACCUGCAGCACUCCCUUAACCAGCUCAGCCAAAGGGUGCUUGGCCAGAGUCUGGUUAAGGAUUACACCAAGCCUGGCGAGUACACUGGGGCGCUCAUUGGCGUGGAGUACCUGUACUCACAGACAGGCAGGGUGCUGCAGGACGUCAGCUUGGACCCUGACACUCCGGACGAGGCUGCUGACAUCCAAGACCUGGAUCUGGAUGUGAAGGAUGAUGGCUUUCAGGAGGAGGAGGACGACCCCACGGUCCACUGCCCAACCCCAUCCUCCAUCCCUUCCAUCUCCGGUCAGGAGAUCCAGCUGACGCACCCCCAUCUGGGCCAUCACCUCCAGCUGCCCCUGAAGCCUUUCCUCAGUCGCCCGCCACCCUCCUGGAUUUUCCCCGGGUGCCCACUCCACCGGCUCCCACCGGGGAAGAUUCUAAGGAGUUCAGAGGCCCUGACGGUCAGCCAGGCUACCAGCAUGUCACCCGGCUGGCCAGUGCCUUGGUGGCCUUGAGUGGACUGACCUCGUUGUCGGAUGCCAAGGUGGACGAGCUGGUGAGUCUGUGGAGCGUUCUCCCAGACGCCGACAAAAGCCGGCUCGUCUACCCAUCCCGGCACCGGGAGAGGAUUGCGAAGGGGCGUUUCAAGGCAACGAAGGGCAAGACGUCCGUUGUCCCUGGAAAGUUGCCUUCUCGGAGAAACCUUGGGUCCUGCAAAUUGGCCAAACGCCAGUCGCCUGGUGGAGGCCAUUUGCAGCCAGCUCUGCCGCCUGUACCCGACCGGGGUCAAAUCCCAGGGAGUCAGGAGGCCCCGGUGGGCGGCAGUGCUCGCACGCUAUGUCAAGAUCUGCGAGCUUGUGCUUGGCAGCCCGAGACAGAUGGCCCAGACAACGCUACAGCUCUUUGAGCUGAA